AUGGAGAACAAGAGCAAUAGAGUCCACUAUUGUCUCAACAAGGUUGAGGGAAGAAGGAUGAGGAUGCUCCUCAAGACCACAAUGAUGCCAUCUUAUGAAGACCGUCAGCGGAGUCUGCCUGUGCAUUUCCAUCUCCUUUCUAAUCCUCUAAGGAAAGAUACGAUCGAUGAUACGGUUGAUAAAGAAGCGGUUGAGGAGAUAGACAAGAGGGUGAGGGCUCUAAAGAAGCUGGUGCCAGGCACGGAAGAGAUGGACAUAAAGGAGCUCUUCGAGGAAACUGUGGUUUACAUCGCUGCUUUGGAGCGAAAAGUUGAUGCAAUGAGGGGCCUCACCAGUUUCCUCGAUGGAUUGGAGAUGCGAAGCAAAAGAGAUUUUUAG